AUGGCGCCAAGGCGAGAUUCAAUCUCGUCAGGGUCUCUCUCUCUCGGAUCGCGACAUUCCUACACCGCAGUCAACCCAAUUCAAGAUGAAAUAUCCGACACUGACAAAAGUGAGACUGAGACCCCACAAAACCCAGAUGAAAGUGACCAAGAGACACGAAAACCAACUCUUUCAACUCCGUCGGCAAAACUACAUCGCUCAGGAUAUAUCCUGCUCGUUGUGUUUUUAUACAUCGGCUUGGCAAUUUUCGCAUGGGUAGUGACCUGCUAUCUAUCAUUCCGUCCCAUCACCACCAAGCAUUACGAUCUGCGGGCCCUUGAUAACAGCAACUGGGCAGAGCCUGACCGGAACUAUGAAAAUCCUCUCUUCGGUCGCAAUGAACGAUGGUACCGCGCCGCUCGAAUUAUCCAGUCCAUUGUCAGUGUUCUUACUAUUCCCCUGACGUCCGCGGUCUGCUCCAGCGCAGCGGUUAUUUUCAUUCAACAAAGAGUGAACAAGGGUAUCACCGUCCGGCAAGUGAUGACACUGGCAGAUAAAGGCUGGGCCGAUCUCGUAACCUACGCUAAAAUCUUUCCAUUCCUCGCCUCGGAUGGAUGGAAACGGUUUGGAAGUUCAUUCCUUCUACUGGCUAUACUUCUGAAUCUCCUUGGUUCGGUUAUAUCGCCGCUACAGCAACUGUUCCUCUCGACCCGCGCUAUCAAGAUACCAACUUACCCUUCUUGGAUCAAUGGUCAACUGGAUAUCCCAGAUCAAUUUAAAGCUGACACUGGUGAUGAUUCGAAUCUUGUUGUGGCUAUGACACGUAGCGCUUUAACCUCGACGACUAUUUCAGAGGUCCAGUCCCAGCUAUGGCAAGGCGACAAUGUCACUUGCGUGUUGAAAUAUGGGGCUAAAAAAUUACCUCAGUCCUGCGGUUACGGCGGUAGUACUUUGGCAGAUAUGUCCCAACUAGCGGAGCCAUUUCUGGCGGAGCUUCCGAGUGGCUAUAACACUGGACUUUAUCAGCAAUUUAUUCCUCGGUUUAAUUCAAGUGCCCAGUAUGAUAAGAUUGCUCAAACUGAAUUCCCAACCGGAUGUGACAAGAUUGAUGGUGCCUUCUAUGUCGACUAUACGAACGUCACUACCGACCCCAACGGUAUCGUGUAUACCUGGGGAAUCCAGGCGUGUAUGCCUCAGGACCUGACCACGUCGCCAUGGAAAUCGACCCGGAACCGACAAGAUUUCACCGAGGAGCUUUAUCUGAAUGUGACAUUGAUUCAUUAUAACGUCAACAAAUUGAACCAGGAUCAGCAAAACAGCACGUUCUAUAAAGUGACGCUGGAUACAACUGCCGGUUAUUUUGAGCUACCGAACUAUAUGAAUGGCGAGGUUGCUGGGCCCUUGCUGGAAAACGAUCCCAAUAGUCUUUGCGGUGAACAUUGUGAGCCAGAGACGAUUAACGGCGACGUGGAACACAAAAUCGGAGAUAAGCGCCGUGAUCUCAACACUGCAAAGGAUGGAACUAUGCCGCUUGAAGUGGUCGCCAACAAAGGUCCUCUACUGACAAUAGCUAUGGCGCUAUUCGGUGACACGUCCUUCAUUCAAAGUCGCCAAGCACAUCCCCAAGCUUAUGCUUCCAUCAUUGAUUCCAAUGUACCCGUGGAGCAAGUUCCUACCUAUGCAGGGUCUUGUGUGGACCUAGCUCCCCUAGGUAUUCUCCUCGCCGGAGCCAGCGGCGAAGACAACAGUACCAAUAGCCUCAAUUAUUGCAUUACCAAUACCGACGGAGGUGUGAACGGCACCGGUGUUAACACUGAAAUCGCCCAGUGGCUCUCCAAUUUCAACUACGACCAAGAACGUGUUAAGAAUGCCUUUGAUGCUGCGGCGUUUUUGGCAACCAAGGUCUGGAUGCAGAAUAGCGUCAGCCCAACAGAGAAGUCAUUGCAAGUUAAUUUUGACCUUGGUGCCGAUACACAAAUUCCAGUCAUAUCCAGAGGUGGCAUAAUUUUUGUUUCAAUUCUUCUUGGAUGGUAUAUUUUGAUGCUCAUUCCGCUUGCCGUCUAUGCUGCCUGGACACCUCGUUGGACUGCACAGUUGGACUCGUUUGCCAUGAUGAGGAUCGGAGCCGCCAUUCCCGAGAAGCUGCCUUUGACUGUUGGUCAGAAUAAGAAUACAAUCAAAUCCCUGGAUGAGAUUCCCGGGUGGGUUGGUGAUAUAUCAGAGGAGAAGGAGCCGCUCGGGAGAUUGGGACUUGGUGUUGGGAGGUCUCUAGCUUCACGGGCGAAUCGGCGGUUUGAAUGUGAGGAGGAAGAUGACGAGGAAAUCACGGCCGAAGAGAAGAAUGCGUCCCAGAGGAGGUUGGAAAGGGAGAUUAAGAGGAGUACGAGAGUUGAUCACGCUUAG